AUGGACGCCAGAAAGAGCCUGAAAGCUCAUAUAAUGCCUCCAAAAGAAUUGCAUUUGGCGGUAAACGACAUACUUCUGGCCAACGUGAACAGUUGCGCACAGGAAGAGGGAGCACCUUACGAGAACAGUGAUGAGGAGGACUGCGAGCAGGCGAUCGGCUGGAUCGAGAUGGACGACCCAGUAAAAGUCACCUGCAGCAGUGAGCCUUCCUUACCCGCUGCCCAGCUUGAAUGGCUGGUAAACGGAGAGGUCUUGCAGCCUGUGAACUUCUGGGAGACCAAGUCCACAGUUGAUCAGUCUCCGUCUACGCGUAGCGGUGACCAGUGUCAGUGUGGUCAUCUCUGCGGUAGUCAAGAAGAGGCAAAUGUCACAACCAGACAUUUGAAUGGCAGUGUAAUCUUUCGGAUGAGAACCUUUACAGUGCGAAUUUGCAGAAUGGGAAAUCAAGACGAAAGUUUGUGA